UUGUAAUGUUGCCAUAUUUAAGAAUUCUCAUCUACUCCGUACAUGUUUUUAUAUUUUCGAUAUAGAUAUGGAAUCACAAGCUAAGUCCAAUAAGCCCUAGCGGCACUGCGCGUCCAGACCCCUGUCAUCUUACUCGUGUCCCCAUCGUUCAUGCCACACUUCCGAGUCCAGAAGCUCGACACACGACGAACAGAGCUUCCCAAACCAUAAAAGCCCGCAACCCUCCACUCCUUCCCAGCAAUGCACCUUAUACAUUGAGCGAAUUGAGAAUGCCUGGCCAUGCGACGAGUAGCAACUCACAGAGGCUAAACACAAUCACCCAAUCCCCGGGUUUUAUUGGCGCUGCGGCCAGAUUCUGGCAGCGCUCCUAUGCCUCUGACUAUGUCGGUCUGGCUAUCUUAUUGACAGGAUGGAUCUUGUUGAUCAUGUUCGUGGAGCCCUUCCACCGCAUGUUUUCUCUCGAUAACCUCGCGAUACAAUUCCCCCACGCCGAAGUCGAGCGAGUGUCCGUCACAUGGCUCUUCAUCUACGCGGGCGCCGUGCCCCUCGGCCUCCUAAUCACCUGGUCCCUCGCCCUGCGUCCCGGCGCCCACAAAUCGCACGUCACGAUCCUGGGCUGGUUCAUCUCGCUGAUCCUCACCCUCUUCCUCACCGACAUAAUCAAAAACGCUGUCGGACGCCCCCGCCCCGACCUCAUCGCGCGCUGCAAGCCCGAGAAGGGUACCCCGGCCCACCAACUCGUCACCUUCGAGAUCUGCACCGAGGAGGACCACCACGUGCUGCACGACGGCUGGCGCAGCUUCCCGAGCGGCCACAGCAGCUUCGCCUUCAGCGGACUCGGAUACCUUGCGCUUUUCAUCGCUGGCCAGUGCCACGUCUUUAGGCCGAGGACGGAUCUCGCGAGGGUGCUGCUUGCGCUGGCGCCCCUGCUCGGGGCGGUGCUGAUUGCGAUUUCUAGGUGCGAGGAUUACAGACAUGACGUCUACGAUGUCACCACCGGCUCGCUGAUCGGCCUGUCCAUCGCGUACUUCACCUACAGGCGGUACUAUCCCCCGCUCAGGAGCGCAAAGUGCGCGACGCCGUAUCCGAACCCUGCGGACUCGCCGGCGGGGUUCUCGAAGGUGAAGGACGACGAGGAGAGAUUGAGGGGCGUCGAGGAGUUUGAAUUGGAUGAGUUUGACGAGGAGGAUGAUGAGCAGAGGCCGUUGAGUGGCAGCAGCAGGAGGGGAUGAUGAUGAUGGAGACUUGUAGAGAUUGCUUUCCAUAUGAAGCGUUUAGAUGGUCUUGGGCUUUUUUGGUAGCAUGUAGUAGGGAGUUUCAAAGGGUUAAAUUUGGCAUCGCAAGCUUGACAUUUUGUUCGUGUAAAUAUACGGAAUAUGAAUUAGUACUAAGAU